CGUGCGGCUGUGGGCAGAGUCCCGGGUUACAUCACCGUGCCAUAAAACCCCACGGCAGAGUGUCGAGCUUCACACACACUCAUACACACACUCAUGCUUAGUGAACUACACUUCACCUGAGGAACCUCAACAUGGAGAUAUACAGCAAUGACAUGAAGAAGCCCAAGUCUUCUGUAUUUUGUAACAUCAAGUUCUUCGUGUUGUGCCAUGGCCUGCUCCAGCUCACCCAGCUGCUGCACACAGCGUACUUCAGGAGCACCAUCACUACCAUCGAGAGACGCUUUGGCCUUGACAGUGUGUCCUCUGGAACCAUCGCCUCUGUUCAUGAGGUGGGGAAUAUGGUAUUCAUAGUGUUUGUCAGUUACCUAGGAGGUCGUGUCCAUCGCCCUCGUCUUAUUGGAUUGGGAGGCCUGCUGAUGUCCAUUAGUGCCAUGGUGCUGACGUUACCUCACUUCCUGUCUCCACCAUAUUCCUAUGACUCAGCCCUGAAAGACAGCAGGCAGGACAUGUGCAGUGUCCAUGCUCUGCGUGUCAAUGUGUCAUCUGAUGAGGCAUGUGGUCUGAAGGACACUCGCAAGCUUGUAGACAACACAAAACUGUGGGUACUCCUGGUCACAGCCCAAACGUUGUUUGGAAUUGGCUCUGUCCCAGUUCAACCCUUUGGGAUCUCAUACGUGGAUGACUUUGCUGGGCCCGGCAACUCCCCACUCUACAUUGCCAUACUCUUCGCUGUGUCUGUGUUCGGGCCUGCCUUUGGCUAUCUCCUAGGAUCUGUGGUACUGAGAAUCUAUGUCGAUGUGGACAGAGUUAAUGCAGCAGGUGCUCAGGAGUUGACCCCUAUUGACCCUCGCUGGGUUGGUGCAUGGUGGAUGGGUUUGCUGAUCUCUGCUGGGGGGCUGUUCCUCACCUCCAUCCCCUACUUUUUCUUCCCCAGGGCCAUGCAUGUAGAAAAUAACAUUGCAAAUGAAAGGGACAUUUUGAAAGACAGCCACAAGAGUUCUGACACCUCCAUGCUGGAUUUCCUCAAAAUGUUCCCACGCCUGUUUGUUCGGCUGUUGCUCAGUCCGCUCUUCUUGCUGCUGGUUCUGACCCAGUGCUGCUUCUCCUCGGUGAUGGCCGGACUCGCCACCUUCCUCAACAAGUUUCUGGAGUGGCAGUAUAGCACCUCAGCCGCUUACAGCAGUCUUCUAAUAGGUGCCGUGAAUUUGCCUUCAGCAGCCAUCGGGAUGCUGUUGGGAGGUGUAAUUAUGAAACGCUGGGGCCUGUCACUUCAAGUCAUUCCACGUUUCUCUAUGGCCUUGCUCACCCUUUCCACAGCGCUGAGUGUUCCUCUGUUCUUCAUGGGCUGCUCCACUCAAACAGUCUCUGGGGUUUACCCACACGGUGCAUCCAGUGGGCCAUUUUUAUCCUGCAAUUCCAACUGCUCAUGUUCAAAGAGCAUUUUCAACCCAGUGUGUGGGGAAGACAACAUUGAGUACCUUUCACCGUGCCAUGCAGGCUGCACCAGCUUUACCAAGGACCCCAAAAAUGCAUUUCGGAUUCAGUCCUUCAAUAACUGCAACUGUGUGAUGGUGGGUGCUAGAAUGGGUGGUGCACGUCCUGGUUCCUGUGCCAACAGCUGCCCUCACCUUCUUCUGCCUGUUAUUUUCCUCAUAUCUAUAGCAGCUCUCAUCGCCAGUAUAACACACAACCCAAUCUACAUGAUGGUGCUCAGAACGGUACCACAGGAGGAGAAAUCUUUUGCCAUAGGAGUUCAGUUCCUACUCAUGAGAGUCCUUGUGUGGCUACCAGCUCCUGCACUUUUUGGGAUUACCAUCGACUCGACUUGCAUUUGGUGGAAAUACAUCUGUGGGAAAAAGCUCAGCUGUGGUUACUAUGACAACAACCUCUUGAGAAACAGGUAUCUUGGUUUGCAGGUGGUGUUUAAAGUUAUGGGCAUGGCCAUGCUGGCUCUGAUAAGCUGGAAGGUUGGAAGAACCCGAGAGUACAGUCUGGAGAAAAGGCCUGAGGCAGCGCUGUGAUGCUGCAGUUCCUCUCAGCGUGCACAUUCUGUUGAAGAUACAGUCUUCAAGAGUCCAUUCAGCAAACCAGACCAGUGACACCUUUUAUUA